AUGGCUACAACCACCAAGACCACAUACCUGAUCACAGGUGGAAAUCGAGGCAUCGGCAAAGGACUCGUCGCCGCAUAUCUCUCGCGCCCAGACACCAUCGUGAUAGCCGGGGUGCGAAACCCGACGCACCCCACGAGCCUCUCGCUCCAGGAACUGCCCAAAGAGGCCUCGAGUUCUCUCAUCGUCGCCAAGAUCGACAGCCUCUCCGAGACCGACGCCCAGGACGCCGUGGCGGAACUGGGAUCCAAACACGGCGUCACCAGCCUGGACGUGGUCGUCGCCAACGCCGGCAUCAGCGCCAUCUGGCCGCCCGUCGCCGAGGCCAGACCGUCCGACAUGCUCGAACACUACCGCGUGAACGUCGUAGGGGUCACGCUGCUGUUCCAAGCGGUGCUGCCGCUCCUCAAGGCGUCGGCCAAGUCACCCAAGUUCGUCACGGUGGGCUCCAUCGCCGGAUCCAUCGCCGCCCAGGAGAACGCGCCGGUGCCCAAUGCGGCGUACGGCCCUUCGAAAGCAGGCCUGAAUUGGAUCACCAAGAAAAUCCACCUGGAACAUCCUGACAUUAUCGCGUUCCCUCUUUCGCCCGGGUGA